AUGAACAUGGUAUGCCUCCUCAUGGUGAUCUGCUUGGCUCUUUCACACUCUAGUAAAAGUGUCACUGACCACCACACCACAGGCAUAAGUGUGACCCUCCAAAGGGGAAGCCAGGUGUGCAUAAAAAGAAGGAGAAAAGGUUACAAAGGACAUUCCUCCUUCUCCCCCCCGUGGCCUAGCUUAAACUCCAACCACAUCACCAUCGUAAAGCGACCUGCUAGGCUUCGCAGGUACCUUUUCUUGAACCCCCCACAUCCACAUAGAAGGAACAAAAAUGUUCAAGAUGGAGAAAAAAAAUGCAGAAAUGCAAAAAAGGAGGGAAAUAAAAUAACCUACCUCUCCACAGCACAGUCUGGAAGUAGGCGCUACUACAAGGGACGUGACCAACAUGCAGGCAAAGCAUGGUCCAUUUUUGCCUUCCACGAGAGGUGUGUAGGGGAUGAGGGUGGCAUGAGGGGGACGCAGGAAAUUUGUGAUUCACACCUUGGCCCGGACAACCAGCGUGAAGAAAACGAAUUGGUGAGGGAGACAAAUGAGGUAGAGGAGGUGAACAAAGGAGAGCGCCCUCCACACCCGAAUGAGGAAAAUCUGGCCAACGCUAUGCAAAGGGCGCAGGCGUACAUCAAGGGGAAGCAGGACGAUGUGCUGGAAAGGAGAGAAGUGCAGAAGAAGAAAAAGGUAGUGGAGAAGUUAAAACGGCAGGAGGAUGUCUUUAGUGAGAAAUUUUUAGACCUUGGCAUGUACGACGUGUUGAAGCACGUGUAUGAUGGGGGUCUGUACGCAGACUCGAAGAGCUUGGUGGAGGCCGUGUGCAGCUGGAUGCGCAACGCCUACGCGGGGGAAGCCGCCUCAACACCCGUGGUGGGAGCGGCGCAGGGGAAGAAGAGUUCACCGGAGCCGGGUUACAUGAUGGAGAAGGACCUCGCGGACAACUACAGCCCAGACGGGGGAGAAAAAAUUGUAAACCACUUCCGCUUGGACCCCCCAGAGGAGAACAAGACAAGUGCACAAAUGGAGUCGCUAAAACUAUACAAUAAAAAAAAUUUAAGAAAAUAUUUUUUGUCCCUGAACCGAGGCAACAUUCUAAAACAGCUGGUGACUGAAGGGGAGGACGAACUUAUUCAGGACACUACAGAAAAAAAGUCCCCCCAAAACAGUAACGACGCAAAAGAGGUACCAAACGAACAAGUAAAAAAUUUUUUAUCCUCCAACAGCAUCCUAAGUAGCGACUUGGAUUCGUAUGUUGAUGUGGAGAGGUACUUGAAGUCUAACGUCACCAUCGAGUUUAACAUAUAUGAUACGUGUAGCGACCGAGUUAUUUUGAAUAAUAAAAAUACGAAUUCCACCAUGUUGGAGUUUCCCCUCAUGUACAGUCACCAGAUUAUACAGAAAUGUAUUUUAACAAUGAAGAAGCUCGAAAAGGCGAUAUUUUAUAUUAACAAUAAUUUUUUGUUUGGUCUUUUUUCUCCUCAAGAGGAACCCAUGAACGAUGAGGACAAACGUGUGUAUGAUGUCAUUACGAAUGAGAGCUGGGUCAAAAUGGAAAUUUACCUUUGUAACAUUUACAGGAUGGAUGAGCAGUGGCUGGGCAUAACCCCAGAAACGUUCGCCGACGAAGCCAAGGCCAGCAGCUUCCUGCAGUCCUACUCGGGGGGCGACGCGGGCAACUUGGUUUGCAAGCCCUCCACAUCGAGUGAGAAGCAGCCCGCCAUACUUAAUAAGAAGCAGCCCUCCACACUGAGUGAGCAGCAGCCGGCCACGUCGAGUGAAACGCAGCCAGCCGCAUCGAGUGAAACGCAGCCCGCCGCAUCCAGUGCAGACGGAGGGUCGAGGCGCGAGGAAAUAGAGCGCAGGCGGGAGGAGUACGAAUCAAAGAAGGACAUCGCAAUUAAGAGCCAGUUCCUAAUGAAGAAGUUGGAAAACGAAAUGAAAUACGACCCGAACCACUACAUGUGGAGGGACCUGUACCCACAGCUAGACGACCGAGGAAAGGAGAGAACAGAAAAAUAUUUUAAAAAAUUUCAAAAGGAAAUGAGUGAAAAUAAAUGUAGCCGCGGUUACACAGAUAAUAUAAAAAAAAAGCAACAGUUAAAAGGUUACGACAUUGGAGAGAAAAUUGAAGGUAGAGCAAAGCAUUAUGUGUGGCAGGAAACAAUUCAUUCAUUCGUUUUGUAUUUUCCACUUCGUUCAUACGUCACCAAACAGGAUAUACACAUCGACGUGGACAAUACUUUUUUCUUCCUUUCAAUAUGUGGUCAUACCAUUGUAAAGGAUUUCUUCAACAAGCCAAUUAAUUCUGCUGACUCCAUUUGGUCCCUCACUGAUAAGGAAGAAGACGUGGGAGUAGCAAGUAUUGUCUGCACGCAAAAGGGACACGAAAAAACAAGUGCAGGUGAAUUUCCCCUGCUGGAAAUUACCCAUAUGGAUGAUUCAGAGAUCAACCAAAUGAUGAAACGGAAUUAUUGCCUCGUGUAUAACAUUUACAAGGACAACAAUCACAAGUACAUGUGGGGCUCCAUAUUUAAAGCGUCCUGA